AUGUCCACCCUCCUCCUCUCCACCUAUCGUCUCUCAUCAUCCAAGGUUGGUCUCACAUUCCUCGCAAACGGCGCAGGCUCUAUCAUCGGUACACUUGUAACAGGCAAGAUCCUCGACUCGGAUUACAAAAGACUCAAGCAAAAAGCUCUCGAAAUGCCUCGAUCAACCACCGACAAUAAUCCAGACCCCAACCAAAACUUCCUGCUGGAAAAAGCUCGACUCCGUCUGAUUCCUCUGUUCUCCUUACUUCAAUCUCUGGCUAUCUUGACUUUCGCGUGGACAAUUCGAUACCACAUCCAUAUCGCAGUGCCCAUCAUAGCAACCUUCAUCGCAGGCUGGUGUGCAGUCUCUGCUCAAUCCCUCGUCAUGACCUAUUUGAUAGAUGUCUAUCAAGACCACAGCGCUGCCGCAGGUGCCGCUUUAAACCUUGCGAGAUGCUUAUUCGCCGCUGGGGGCACUGCUCUCGUCAGUCCCUUGAUUUCGAGUAUCGGUGUUGGUUGGGCUUUUAGCCUGUGUGUCUUGAUCAUGGAAGUGAGUCUCGUGGGUGCUUGGGUACAGUGGAAGUAUGCUGCUCUAUGGAGAGGACAGUGA